CCGAACAAAAACAAAAGCUCGGCGGGGCCGGAGCCGCGGGCAGCGCUCCCGUCCUGACUCGGCUCCAGGGCCGAACCCUGGCGCUAUAAAAGCGGGGCCAGCUCCGCCUCGGAGCAGUCGCCACCCGGAGCAGCCAUGGCACAGCUGGCACAGCUGGCACAGCUGGCACAGCUGGCGCUGCUGGCACAGCUGGCGGUGUUGGUGCAGCUGGGGGAGCCGCGAUUUGAUGAGCCGCUGGAGAACGAAUCGGAGCCGGGCAAGGCCGGGAAACCCCAGAAAGCCUCGGGGGACCUGGAGGAGCUGGACCUGGGCACGGCAGGCCAAGGCGCCGCCUGGACCUCCUGGUUCAACAUCGACCACCCCGGAGGUGACGGUGACCACGAGAGCUUGGCCGCCAUCCGCUUCUACUACGGCUCGCGGGUGUGCGCUCGCCCGGUGGCGAUCGAGGCUCGCAGCACGGACUGGCGGCUGCCCGAGGCUCUGGGCCAGGUGGUUCAUGCGAGCCCCAAGCGCGGCUUCCGCUGCCUGCACCGGGAGCAGCCCCCGGGCACGGCCUGUGCCAACUACCACGUGCGGUUCUUGUGCCCGCUGGGGCACGUUUACUGGUCGCACUGGUCUGCCUGGAGCCCCUGCUCGCGCAGCGCCUGCGGCACCCGGGGCACUCAGAGCCGCUCCCGGCGCUGCCGCAGCGCCCGCGAACCCGCCCCGCUCAAGGAGCUGCGCUGCCGGGGCAAGGCCACCGAGCGGCGGGGCUGCAGCGCCGGGCCCUGCCCAGAGCCCACCUGGACCGAGUGGGGCGUUUGGGGUCCCUGUUCCCUCACCUGCGGCACCUCGGGGACGCGCUCGCGGCGCCGCAGCUGCAGAACCGCCAAGAACCCCCGUGUCCCGGCCGCGCCACCGAGAGCCAGAAAUGUCCCCUUGUCACCUUGCCCAGGUUGCCCCGGGCGCACGCUGCAUGGCACCGUGGUGACAUCCAGCGGGGUGGCCCUGCCCGGUGCCCGCGUUUACCUGGCUGGCCAGCCCGACGUGCUGCUGGCCCGCAGCGAUGCCCAGGGGCGAUUCACGGCCUCGGGGCUGUGCGCUGGCCCCUCGGCCAACCUCAGCGCCCACCGCGACGGCUUCGCCCCGGGGCCACCGAUCGCCACCAACGGCUCGGGAGUGGCCGUGGCGCACCUGAGGCUGCGGCGGCUCGAGAAGCCCUACAUGGUGCUGCACCCCGCGGCCAAGGUGCGGGAGGCCGUGCAAGCCGUGACCUUCUGCUGCAAAGCCUCGGGCACCCCCGCGCCCCGAAAAUAUUUCUGGUACCACAACGGCACGCUGCUGGAGGGGCCAGCUCAGCGCACCAGCGGUCGCCUGGCUCUGCGGGGGCUGGCACCGCACCAGGCUGGCACCUACCACUGCACCAGCUCCGAGGCGGGCACCAUCCGCUCGGAGCCACAGCUCACCGUGCUGGCCCAGGGCCAGCAGAGCUGCAGGGCGGAGCCGGAGCCCAGCCUGGUGGAGCUGCCCAGCGAUUGCCCGCAGGAUGAAGGCGGCUCUCGCUACUACAACGUGGGGCGCUGCCGGCCUCGCCGUGCCCGGGAGGCCCCGCAGAGCCCGAGCGGGUGCGGGGAGGAGUCGGGGCGCUGCUGCGGGGUGCGGAGGAUGGAGCUCCGCGAGGUGCAGUGCCGCGGAUCCGUGCUGCCCAUCAAGGUGGUGGCCGAGUGUGGCUGCGGGCCCUGUGCCCAGCCCAGGGUGCUGGUGCAGGGCCGGGUGACGGCGGCCGACACCGGGGAGCCGCUGCGCUUCGGCCACAUCUUCCUCGGAGGGAGAAAAGUGGGGUUCACCGGCUACCAAGGCUCCUUCACCAUCGAGGUGCCGCCGGACACGCGGCGUUUGGUCGUUCGCAUUCGCGGACGGCCAAGCAGCGCUUGGUGGACCACGGUCAAGGUGCUGCCUUCGACCGGGCGAGGAGGAGCCGUGUACCAGGAGGUGAAGAUGAUGCGCAAGAAGGAGCCGGUGGAGCUGGACGGUGGCCGGAGCAACGCCAUCCCCCUGGGCGAGUCCGGCGGCCGCGAGCCCGUCGGGGAGCUGCUGCUGCCGGCCGGGGUUUUUCACACCGCCCGUCCGGGGAGGUUUUUUAACGGCACCGUCAAAGCCAGCGUGACCUUCGUGUAUCCCAGGGACAUGGCCACGGCCAGCGCAGCAUCCAGCGACCUGAGCUUCGCCAACGCCGAGGGGGAAAUCGUCCCCCUGCGCACCUACAGGAUGUUCGCCGUGGAUUUCCGCGAAGGCGAAAGCGGCGAGGAGCUGCAGGCGGGGCCGGUGCAGGUGAGGAUGGACGCGGGGCAGGUGUGGAUGGCCGAGCACCUGCAGAAGAUGAAGCUGUGGUCCCUGAACCCCAGAGAGAGCGGCCUGUGGGAGGAGGAGGGCGAGCUGCGGCCGGCCGGAGGUAACCGGAGGAAAAGGGAGGAGAGAACAUUCCUGGUGGGCAACCUGGAGAUCCGGGAGCGGCGCCUCUUCAACCUGGACGUGCCCGAGGAUCGCCGCUGCUUCGUCAAGGUCAGGGCUUACAGCAACGAGAAGUUCAACCCCUACGAGCAGCUGGAAGGGGUGGUGAUCAGCCUCAUCAACCUGGAGCCGCAGCCCGGCUUCCCCAGCAACCCGCGGGCUUGGGGCCGCUUUCGACAGCGUGUGGUCACCGGUCCCAACGGCGCCUGUUUGCCCGCGUUCUGCGAUGGGCAGCGCCCCGACGCCUACACGGCCCUGGUGACGGCCACGCUUGGUGGCGAGGAGCUGGAAGCCGUGGCCUCCAGCCCCAAGGCUCAACCCUAACGCCGUAGGGUGGCCCAGCCCUACCUGGGCAAGCUGGGCUAUCGGCGCUCGGACCAUGAGGACGCGGCGCUGAAGAAGACGGCGUUCCAGAUCAACGUGGCCAAACCCGACCCCAACAACGUGGACGAGAAUAACGGGCUCUAUUCGUACCGGAGCCUGCGGGAGUGCGAGGAGGCGCCGGUGAGCGCCAACCACCUGCGCUUCUACCGCGUGGAGGUGGAUAAGUACGAGUACAACGUGGUGCCCUUCAAGGAGAGCGAUGUCACCUCCUGGACCGGCGAUUACCUGGCGUGGUGGCCCAACCCGCAGGAGUUCAGAGCGUGUUUUAUCAAGGUGCAGCUGGAGGGGCCGCAGGAAUACAUGGUGAGGUCGCGCAACGUCGGGGGGAGCCACCCCCGCACUCGGGGACAGCUCUACGGGCUGCGGGACAGCCGGAGCGUGCGGGACCCGCUGCUGGACAACACCUCGGGAGCCUGCGUGGAGUUCAAGUGCGGCGGGAUGCUCUUCGACCAGAGCCUGGUGGACAGAACCCUGGUGACCAUCGUGCCGCAGGGCAGCUGUCGCCGCACGGCCAUCAACGGGCUACUGAGGGAUUACCUGAGUCGCCACCCGCCUCUGGCUGACAACAACCACACCGGAGCUUUCUCCAUGCUGGCCCCGCUGGACCCGCUGGGCCACAACUACGGAAUCUACACCGUGACGGACCAGAACCCGCCUGCCAAGGAAAUCGCCAUCGGCCGCUGCUUCGCGGGCACCUCGGAUGGUUCCAGGGAGAUGAGAGCGGGAGAGGGCACGGCCGUCACCUUCAGCUGCCAGGAACGCCCGGUGGGCAGGGAGAGUUUCUUCCAGCGCCUGCUGAACGCUCCGGCAGAGGCGCUGGAUGAGAUCCGCAGGGAGAUGGGGAGAUCCGAGCUGCGCCGAGCUCCCCCCGAUGUGAUGGACUUCGCCUCCGGAGCCCCCGGUCCCACCCGCCGGACCCCCCAGCGGAGACCGGGCCGGCUGAGGGGACAGCGUUGAGUCCCCUCCGUGUCCCCUCCCCGGCUCUGCUUUGUGCGC